AUGGAGUAUAAAUCAAUGCGUGAAAGGUGGUGAGCUGUCUUGGUCCGUCAAUUUCUCUCUCAUACCAACUCGGAGAAACGUCGGAACUCGGAAGGGAAAGAAAGGGCCAGACGCCAGAAAAUCAACAAAUCAGCCUCACGCUUUCCUCUGUUUCUUCUUCCUUUCCUCUCUUCUCCUCAUCAAUUCAUCUUCAGACAAUCCCUCUUUCUAGAUCUGAUCUUCCUCUGCUAUUCUUUUCUUUUAGAUUCUUCUCCUUUUUCUCCAAUCUAUACUUUUCUAUUCCUCUCUUCUUUCUUUGUUUCUUCUUAGAUCCAUUUUCCUUUCAAUUUUCGUUUUUACUUGAUCUCUGUUCGUGCACUUCUGGGAUUCAGCUCCUUCUUGAUCUGCUGCUUCGAUUUUUUUUUUUUGCAGUGCCAUUUGAAGGGAAACGAGUUGGAGCUUGCCAAUGAAGAAGGCAUUUGACCAAACUAUUCGGGACUUAAAGAGGGAGGUCAACAAAAAAGUUCUUAAAGUUCCUUCAAUAGAACAGAAGGUUCUUGAUUCUACUAGCAAUGAGCCUUGGGGUCCUCACGGAGCACUUCUUGCAGACAUUGCAAACGCUACAAGAAAUUAUCAUGAAUACCAAAUGAUCAUGUCAGUAUUGUGGAAGAGGUUGAGUGACACUGGCAAGAAUUGGCGACAUGUUUACAAGGCUUUGACAGUCUUGGAGUACUUGGUGGCACACGGGUCUGAACGUGUUAUAGAUGAAAUAAAGGAACAUGCUUACCAAAUAUCAACAUUGUCUGAUUUCCAAUAUAUCGAUUCUAGUGGGAGGGAUCAAGGAAAUAAUGUGAGAAGGAAAUCUCAGAGCCUUGUACUUUUAGUAAAUGACAAGGAACGGAUACAAGAAGUUCGACAAAAGGCUGCUUCUAAUAGGGACAAGUUCCGCAGCACAUCUGCAGUUGGUGGAAUGUAUCGACCUGGUUCUAACUCAGGUUCUGGAGGAUAUGGUGAUGAUCGUUAUGAAGGAAACUAUGAUGAAAGGAAUGGUUAUGGAAGAGAGCGAGAAUGGGGCAAUAGAGAUGAUGAAAGGUAUGGGCCGUAUGGUGACUCAUACAACAGAGAAGGAGAUCGUUAUGGCAGAGACUCUGAGGAGCAUUAUGGGAGAGAUAGGUAUGGAGAUGAUGACUCCAGAGGAAGAACUCAAAGUGUUGAUGACUACCAGAAUGGAUCAAGGAGUAGGAGUUCUGACAGAAAUGGAGAUCGUGCUUAUGAUGAUGAUGAUCGUCAGUCAGCCAGAGGAAGUAGUGUUAGAGGAGAAGACCAAAAUGAUGGAAGGCCAAUUGAACGCAAGUUCUCUGAGCAAAAUCUUGUUGCUCCUCCUAGUUACGAAGAGGCUGUGGGUGUUUCUAAAAGCCCUGCUUAUAGUGACAGGGAUGGAGAAGGACCUACUGCAUCAGCUCUUCAAUCAAGUUCUCCAACUGUAAGUGCUGCUCCGCAGUCAUCAUCUCCUGUUGCUUACACUACUCCUCAGUCAACAUCUCCCAAUGGAAUUGAUGAAAGUCAAGUAUCUGCGGAGCAUGCUGCUCCGUCACAUCCAAAUGUAGGAGCUGACACAUUUGAUGAAUUUGACCCUCGUGGUUCUUUUACAGUUGCACCAACUACAUCAAGCACUGGAGAAUUGGACUUGCUUGGUUCUCUUUCAGAUGCAUUUUUUCCAAGUCCUUUAGCAAUCAUGCCAGCAUCUGGCCCUUCAGAUGUCCAGCCUGAUUCUGGGAAGACUGCUUCUAAUCCCUCAUUUACUGCAGCAUCAGAAAUUAACAAUAUAAACCAGUCUUUUGAAGAUCCAUUUGGCGAUUCACCUUUCAAGGCCAUCCCAUCAGAUGAGGCACCAACUCAACCCCAAAAUUUUGCCUCCUCAUCUUCCUUUCAUCCUGUUGUAAACCCUUCAGAGCAUUUACUGCCUGUUCAGACGGUGGAGUCUCCAAAUCUGGAAUUUACAGAUGCAUUUCCUGGCUUAACUUACAAUCCAGCUACUGUCCCUGACCAAACACCAAAUCCCCAAUUUUAUCGUCAAGAACCACAAUCAAUGCAGGAUGAUGAUAUACUUGCUGGAAUUUUACCUCCUUCUGCACCUCUUCCCCGUGCUGCUUCACUUGGAGCUUUUCCUGCUUCAUCAGGCAUACCUCAAGGAACUGCAUCACAAUCAGCUAUUCCUUCAACCGUGCAUACUUCAGCAGGCCUUGGUUUCAUGGCUCCAGUAGUUCCUUCAACAGGAGCGCCGUUUUCUCAAGUCCCUUCUCAGAAUUUUUCUGUGCCAUCUAGCCAGCAUAACUCAUUUUCUUAUUCUGCUCCAUCUAAUGCUCUAGCAAAUCAGGCACCAGUUCAUGCAUCAAGUAAUGAAAAUAUUGAUUUAAUAGGGGAUAUGCGUCAACAACCUAGUGCAGUCAUUCCCAUAUCUUCUCAAUUAAAUACAAGUUCUACUGGUUCACUUGCACUUGUUCCUCAACAACCUGCUAAGGAAAAGUUUGAGCCUAAAUCUGCUGUGUGGGCUGAUACGCUGAACAGAGGUUUAGUUAACUUGAACAUUUCUGGACCUAAAAUUAAUCCUCUGUCAGACAUAGGUAUUGAUUUUGAAUCCCUUAAUCGCAAGGAGAAGAGGAUGGAGAAACCUAGUGCAACUCCAGCUACCUCCAACGUUGCGAUGGGCAAGGCCAUGGGAUCUGGUUCUGGAAUGGGGCGUGCCAGUACAGGUGCAAUGAGGCCUCCACCAAAUGCUAUGUUGAAUCCGGGUAUGGGUAUGGGUAUGGGUAUGGGUGGACCUGGUGUUGGUAUGAAUAUGGGUAUGGGUAGACCCGGUGUUGGUAUGAAUAUGGGUAUGGGUGGACCUGGUGUUGGUAUGGGUAUGGGAAGCUAUGGGCCUGUGAAUCAUCAAGUAGGCAUGGGCAUGGGGGGUAUGGGAGGGGGAAUGAACAUGGCUAUGAAUAUGAAUAUGGGGCAAGGAGUUCCAAUGCAACCAUCCAAUGGUUUAGCUCCCGGAUCGAAUAUGAACAAUUAUAAUUCCAUGAUGGGAAGAGGUGGCUAUCCACAACAACCAUACGGUGGUGCAUAUCGAUCCAUGUAAUGUUUUUCUGUACAUCUGCAUUUCUGAAGUGAAUUGGCAUUCUGUUGAUCCUGUCAUGUAAUACAUGCUUAAAUUGAUGGUGAACAAGCAUAUACUCCACGAGAACCCCCGAUAAUUAGCAAAUGUAUCGAUGGUUGUAGCAAGCCCUUUAAAGUCACUCCUCAGUGAUUACAUCAAGGGGGUUCCACCUGCACAUUGUAGAAAAGCAGACAGAGAAGUCCAAAAAUGUGUUUGAUUGAGUUUUGUUUUGUGGUUUUUGUUUUGUUUUUGGUUGAUGAGAUGAGCCUUACUGAGGCGUCAUUAUAUUUGUUAUAUUCUUGGAUCACAUAAAAAUUGAGAUAUGUGGUUUGUUGGUUCAGACAAUAAAGUAUUAAUGAAGAUCAAUGCUUUUGUGCACCUUCCUUCA